AUGUCUCUCCAAUCCUACAUUGACAAAAAGGUCCUUGUCAUCACUGUCGACGGGCGGACCCUUGUCGGCACACUCCUGUCCUGCGACCAAGUCACCAACAUUGUUCUGAACGACACCGUCGAGCGCAUCAUCCGCCCUGCAGACGACCCCGAACCGAGUUCUCAGGUCAGCCAUGGUCUGUACCUAGUAAGAGGUGAUAAUAUUACCAUUGUGGGCCUUGUAGAUGAAGAACUGGAUCACAGUAUCGACUGGGAAAAGGUCAGGGGUGAAGUUAUUGGCACUACAAAGCAUGUGUGA